UCACUGUCCAGGCCACACAACCAAAGAUUCCAAACCCUCAUCGUUCUGCAUCGGAAGUUCUCUUGGUUGGGAAGAGUCCUCGGAUUUCGGAGAGCUUUGAGAUACCGUAACUCAAAAUACAAGUCCUUUGAAGACACUACUAUCUACUGUAGCCAGCUAGAAACCGCAGGCAAAGCAGCAAAAGAGACAAUGAGUGAAGAAGCCAAAGCACCAGCACCAGCCGAAUCAGAAGGCGAAGAAGACAUCACCCGCAAUGCUCUUUCCGCUCGCGAAUUGGCAUGGGCCGUCAACUCGCCUGCCCUUUUGGAAGAGCACAAGAAGAUCAAUGGCGCAAUCAUUCGAACUCGAUUUCCUCCUGAGCCCAAUGGCUAUUUGCAUGUGGGUCAUGCCAAAUCCAUGAACAUGAAUUUCUCCUUGGCCUUUGAAAAAUUAAAGGUCCCCGAGGCAGACCGUCGCUGUAUUUUUAGAUACGACGACACCAACCCCGACGCCGAAUCGGAAGAGUACAUUGACUCCUUGCGUCGGGAUCUGGAAUGGCUGGGAUGGAAGCCCGAGCGGACCACCUACUCGUCUGAAAAUUUUCAGCACUUGCAUGAUUUCGCCGUCCAAUUGAUCGAAAAGGGACUCGCCUAUGUGUGCGACAUGACCAAGGCCGAAAUGGAAGCUCAGCGAGAAUUGGCAUACAAACGGGCCGCUGCCAGAUCCACUGGAAAAGAUCCCGAUGUUGAAUUUCCCAUUCCGUCGCCCGAUAUUUUGCCAGGACGCAACCGAGACACUCCUGUCCAACGCAAUUUGGACUUGUUUGCCAAGAUGAAAAUGGGAUUCUUUGACGAAGGAACCUACACCCUGCGACUCAAAAUGGACUUUGAGUCUUCUAAUCCAAACAUGUACGAUUUGGUCGCAUAUCGCAUCAAGUUCACACCUCAUCCUCAUAUUGGAGAUGGAUGGUGCAUCUAUCCGGCCUACGACUUUACGCAUGGACUGUGCGACUCUUUGGAACACAUUGAUUACUCAAUUUGCACUCUCGAAUUCGAAUCACGGCGGGAGCCAUACUAUUGGAUUCUUUGGGCGCUCGACGUGUACAGGCCAGCGGUGUACGAAAUGUCUAGGCUCAAUCUCCAAUACACAGUCCUUUCGAAGAGACGGCUCAUCAAACUGGUCGAUACCAACACAGUCAGAGGAUGGAAUGAUCCCAGAAUGCCCACCGUGUCAGGCCUGAGACGUCGUGGUUAUACCAAGGAAAUCAUUAACGGAUUUUGCAACGAUGUGGGCGCCACCAGAGCGCAAAAUGUGGUGGAAAUCAGCAAACUCCAUCAGACCGCCAGAUUGCAAUUUAGUGCCACGUCGACACGAGUCAUGGCGGCAUUGGAACCCAUCUUGAUUGUCAUCACCAACUUUGACGAGGAAGCUGCCAAAGCAUCCACCUUGACUUUUGAAGUGGAAAACAGUCCUACCGAUCCAUCCUUGGGGAAGCAUACAGUCACAUUGACGUCGUCAAUCUACAUCGAUUCGUCCGAUUUCCGAAAGGUGGAUUCAUCCGAUUACUUUGGGCUGGCGCCAAACAAGGCCGUGGGAGUCAAAUAUCACGGAGGGAACCUAGUUUGCGAUGAAGUCGUCGAGGAAAACGGAAAGAUCAAGGAACUUCGGUGUCACUUGGACAACUCGGAAGGCCGACCCAAACCCAAGACGUACCUGUCGUGGGUUCCAUCCAAUGGAAUUCGGGCCGAAGUACGCGUCUACAAUGAACUUUUUACCGUCCCAGAACCGAGCGAUUUGUGGGAAGAUGAAAUCAACCCCGAGAGUGAAAUUGUCUACGCAAACGCCAUCCUUGAUCCGUCCAUCAAGGAAGUCCCAGGCGUCGACAAGGGCAGCGUGGAUCAGUGGACGUCCAACACUAUCGUGCAGUUUGAGCGCAUGGGUUAUUUCGUUGUGGAUCUGGAUACCACCUUUGACAUCAAGACUAGUGAGGGCAAACUUGUCUUCAACAGAACGGUCAGCUUGAAAUCGGAGGGUCCCAAGGCACAAAAGUCUGCCAAGAAAGUGGCCGAGGACGAGGCCCGCAAGGCAAAGCAAGCGCGUGAUUUGGAGCUCAAGGAAGCCAGAAUGAAGAUUGAACCCAACGACUUGUUCCGAUUGUCGGAAGAGUACAAGGGCAUGUACAGCAAGUUUGAUCCAGAGACGGGCAUCCCUACUCAUGACGCUGAUGGAGCUGAGUUGACAAAGAGUGCCAUGAAGAAGUUGGGCAAGGAGAAACAAAAGCACGUCAAGGCUCUGGCUGCUUGGAAGAAGAAUCAAAAGUAGAAAGUAAAUAAAGAUAAGAUUGAGGCGGUAUGGCAAAAACAGCUAAUAGGUAAACAAGUCCAAUUGAAGCCCCGUACCAGCCUGCAGCCUUCCCGUUCAAUGUAGAGGCAAGUGUUUGCGGCCUUGUAUUGUAUUGUGUUGAAUGAUA